AUGGCCUGGCCGCCGGGGCUGCUCCUGCUGCUCCUGCUGCUGUCCGGCCGCGCUCCGGCCGCGCGGAGCCGCGACUUCACCGCCAAGGACAUCGUCUACCUCCACCCUUCCACCACGCCGUAUCCUCGUGGAUUUAAGUGUUUCACCUGCGAAAAGGCCUCUGAUAAUUACGAGUGCAACCGCUGGGCUCCGGAUGUUUACUGCCCCAGAGGGACGAGGUACUGCUUCAGCCAGCACAUGAUGAAGGCCAGCGGGGAGAGCGUCUCUGUCACCAAGCGCUGCGUGGCCCUCGAGGAGUGUCUGAGCACCGGCUGCACCUACAUCAGGCACGAGGAGUACAAGGUGUGCACGUCCUGCUGCGAGGGCAGCAUCUGUAACCUGCCCCUGCCCCGGAACGCCUCGGACGCCGUGUUCGCCACGCUGUCCCCGCCCGCAGCGACACCGCCACUGUCACCCGCGGGCGCGGUCACACCGCUCGGGCUGUGCCUGGCGCUGCUGGCACCGCGCUGGCUCACCGCCACCGCCGCGGGACGGUGA